GCCCAAUAGUGCUGCCCCAAAUAACUAUUUCAGUUUUCUAACAAUUGUGAUCUAUGAUAGACGUGAUGGCAGUAAAAUAUAUUAUUUUGUUCUCCGCGUGCAUUGUGCUAGCCUUAACUCAAGAUAGUGGAUUGCAAACUGUUAAUGGAAGAAUAAAGAUUACUGUGGGUACCACAGCAGGAUGCUCUGAUACAGUAAAUUUCAUUAACAACCAGCUGAUACCAACAGUUGAAGCGUAUGGAGACUUUCUUGACAUCGAAUUUGUACCGUGGGGAAGGGCAACUUGGGUGGACAACGAAAUCUCAUGUCAAUUUGGUGUUAACGACUGUUGGGCUAAUCGUCUACACCGUUGCGUUCUGGACAAGCUGAAGAAUGACCAAGCCGCCCAGCUCCACUAUAUGGCUUGCGAGUUUUCUACGCCAUACCCAUCGUACUUGCAAGGGACUUAUCUCUGUGUUCAAGCUUUCGGCCUAAACCUGCUGGAUGUUGAUUACUGUGUCGCUAAUCCUAAAGACAAUUUGGAUAGAGAAGCUUUGGAAGGUGCAGUACAGCCAAUAGCAACAAUAAAUUUCGUUCCAUACAUCAUAUUCAACGACAACUUGAAUCUGGAACUUCACCGAGAAGGUUUCAGCAGGCUUGCGAGUUUGGUCUGUUUUGCUCUGACGGAGGACCCGAGUACUGGGGUAACUAGCUGUUCUAUUUAAAAUUUUAACAGUCAAAUACACGAAAGACAAAAUUACUUGAUUUUUUCUUAGACCCAGUUGGACCUUUUCUGGUUAAGUUUCAACUAUGUUGUUUUGUUGAACUUCACAGUUCAUAUAGUAAAUGUGUUAAAAUAUAUGUCUAAGUUAAGCUACCAGGCAAAUAUACAGGCCCAGGUAUAUGCUGGUGCCCAUUUUGUACUCAAUGGUCAACUUUUACCCGAUUUAAAUAGACACGUGCAAUUGGAUAAUCGUCGAGAUUACGCCUGAAAACUUAGUGAAAUUGUAUAAGAGAAGCAUUAUAUUCUUUCAGUCUUCCUAAAAAUGGGAUUGAUGUUGAUUGAAUGGCAUUGACAUACAUACGACAAAUAAUUAUGUCAACUCUCAAGUUUUAUUAUAUUCAAGGAAAGUUGGUAUUGUAAAAUGUCUG